GUGGUAAACUUGCCUGCGGUUCACUUGCUACUAAUAAACCACAAGCGAGCAGAAAUGGACAAAAGAAAGUCUAAAAUAUAGAAAUUUCAGCUUCAAAGCCAUGGCGAAGUUCUUCUGCCGACAAGAAAAGACAAUUUUUUUCGCCGUGAGAGGCGCGUCUUUCUCAAAUUUGCAGCUUGUGGAGGUGUGCAGAGCGAACAGGAUGCAGCAUCUGACAGCCGUGAUCCUCCUGGUGGGGGCGCUCUGCUCACUAAGCAGCGUGGAAUCUUCUGCCUAUGACAAGAUUGUCAGCCACAGUCGCAUCCGAGCCAGGAAAGAAGGGCCCAACGUGUGCGCCCUGCAGCAGGUUCUGGGGACCAAGAAGAAGUACUUCAGCACGUGCAGGAACUGGUACAAAGGCUCCAUCUGCGGCAAGAAGGCCAUGGUGGUGUACGAGUGCUGUCCCGGCUACAUGCGUCUGGAAGGCAUGAAAGGAUGUCCCGCAGUGGCGCCCAUCGACCACGUGUACGGCACGCUGGGUCUGGUGAAGGCCGCCACCACGCAGCAGUACUCGGACGAGUCCAGGCUGAGGGAGGAGAUCCAAGGCCGGGGCUCCUUCACCAUGUUCGCCCCCAGCAACGACGCCUGGGAUCAGCUGGACGCCAGUGUUCGCUCGGCGCUGGUGAGCAACGUGAACGUGGAGCUGUACAACGCCCUCCGCUACCACAUGGUCAACGGCCGCCUGCUGACCAAGGACAUGAAGGACGGCAUGACGGUCAGGUCCAUGUUCAGCGACCUGGGCCUCUACAUCAACCACUACUCCAACGGCGUGGUGACGGUCAACUGUGCCAGGAUCGUCCACGGUAACCAGGUGGCCACCAACGGCGUGGUGCACGUCAUCGACCGCGUCAUCAGCGGCGUGGGCAACACCAUCAAGAACGUUCUGGACGUGACCGACGAGCUGUCCUCCUUCAGCGCGGCUGCCCUGGCCUCAGGCGUGAUGGACAAGCUGGACCGGCCGGGACACUACACGCUGUUCGCGCCCACCAACGCCGCCUUCGACAAGAUGGGGCCGGGCCACCUGGAGCGCCUCAUGGGGGACAAGGCCGUCAUUGCAGCCUUGGUGAACUACCACUUGCUGACCAGCGUCCAGUGCGCCGAGGCCAUCAUGGCGGGCACCGCGUACGAGACGGCCGAGGGCAGCUACAUCGAGGUCGGCUGCGACGGCGACAGCCUGACGGUCAACGGCGUCAAGAUGGUGCUGAAGAAGGACAUCGUCACCACCAACGGAGUCAUCCACCUCAUCGACCAGGUGCUGGUGCCCAACUCGGCCAAGGACGUGACGGAGCUGAUGGGCGACUCCCAGAGCACCUUCCACGACAUGGUGUCAGACCUGGACCUGGCCGCGGCCUUGGGUCCCAAGACGGAGUACACGCUCCUCGCCCCCGUCAACGCCGCCUUCACCAACGAGGUGAUGGCCACGGACCAGACGCUGCUGAAGCUCCUCCUCCAGAACCACGUCCUCAAGCUCAAGGUCACGCUGGGCCAGCUCUACAAUGGCCAGCUGCUGGAGACGCUGGCCGGGAAGUUCCUGCGGGUCUUCAUCUACCGCACGGCGGUGUGCAUCGAGAACGCCUGCAUGGUGCGAGGCAGCAAGGAAGGAAGCAACGGCGUCCUCCACCUCAUCAGGUCCAUCAUCAGACCCUCGGAGAAGACCACCUACCAGAUCCUGAAGGUGGACGGACGCUUUAAAGUCUUCCUGUCCCUGAUGGAGACGGCAGGUCUGACGGAGCUCCUGAAGCAGGAAGGCUCCUUCACCGUCUUCGCGCCCACGGACGAGGCCUUCAGGGAGCUCAGCCAGGAAGACAUGGCGCUGCUCAAAAGUGACCUGAACGUUCUGAGGACCAUUCUGCUUUAUCACGUCAGCAAUGGCAUCUUCAUCAAUGGCGGCCUGGAAGGGGGCGUGACCAACCUGCUGAAAACACUGCAGGGCCGGAACCUGCAGGUCAUGUCUGCCAACAACUCCAUCCACGUCAACUCGGUGGGCGUCCCCGACGGCGACCUGAUGGCCACCAACGGCGUGAUCCACGUGGUGAAGAACGUCCUCUACCCCGCAGAUCUUCCCGUGGGCCGCCAGGACCUGCUGCUGCUCCUCAGGAAGAUCAUCAAGUACAUCAAGAUCCAGUUCAUCUCAGGAUUCUCCUACUCUGAGGUCCCGCUCACCUUCCUCAAGAGGACCACCACGGUCACCACCACGGAGUACACCGAGCAAGGUCCCGGGCAGACGCCGCUGAUCCUGGUGGAUGGAGAACCCUCCCUCACCAAGGUGACCCGGGUGAUCAAAAAGGAGCCCAUUGUCACCCAGGUGGUGGUGGAGGGCGAGCCAGUGGUCACCGAGGUAACCACCGUGGUGGAAGGGGACCCCUCGGUCACCAAGGUGACCCGGGUGAUCGGAGAGCCGGGCCUGACUAAGGUCACCAGAGUCAUCAAGGAUGGACAGCCGGACUCAGACGGAGAGACGAUGACAGGUGGCGCCCGCUUCAGUGUGCACGUCGAGCCUCAAAUCAUUGAGGGGCCCGACUUCUCCAGGAUCACCACCAUCCACAGCAACCCCAACCUGAUCGACCAGGAGUCUGAGAGAAUCACCAAACUCAUCCAAGAGGGAGGACGGUUUGCUGCCGCCAGGAACGGUCCAGCCGGCGUGAGGAGGAGGAGGACUCGGCUGGUGAAGCGUCCCCGCAAGGCCAGGCAGUGAAGUGAAGUGGUGAGUGCUCCGAGCCCACCGCCCACGGAUGAACAGGUGAACCGGCGGAAAAACACCAAUCCGGCUGUACUUUGGUCCCAUGUGCGCGCUUUGAACAUUUCCUGUGAGCUACGAGGGCAACACUGACGCUUAUGACAGAUUUUUUUUCUUUUUUUUUUUUCCUUUUUCUCUCCACGAUUUCACCUUUGGGGACAUUUUCUAAGCUUUGAUGGUGCUUGCAUCCAACAAGAUGGCUGCUUUUUAAUGACGAGACCAUGUCAAUCUGUAAUUUUAUCCCAAUGUCAUUAAAAUACAUUUUAUUCCUUUUU